AAAUUGUAGAGGUUAGGUGCCAAUUGUUAGAAUCAUGCAAAACUGCCCUAGCUACAAUCAAUAUCAUUAUCUCCUUGCUUCCCUUAAUCUCUGCUUAUAAAACUCAGCAAAUUGAAGUUAAUUACUACCUAUCUAUAUUUCACCUUUCUUUCCUAAUCAAGCUAGAAAGAAUUAAGAGUAAUUAAUAGUUCAUCUGAUCUAGAGUGUAUGCUUAGUUUAAGUUGGUUAUCAUGUGGAAAUUGAAGAUAGCAGAAGGCAAGGGUCCAUGGCUAGAGAGUCUAAACAAUUUUAUCGGUCGACAACAUUGGGAGUUUGAUCCAGAGGCCGGAACAACGGAGGAACGAGCCGAGGUUGAGAGGGCAAGGGAGGAGUUCAAGAGGAACCGUUUUAACAUGAGGCAAAGUGCUGAUCUUCUAAUGAGAAUGGAGUUGAGAAAAGGAAAGGCAAAUGUGGAAAUGGAUAAAGGAGUGAAGUUGAAGGAAAGAGAGGUAAUAGGAGAAGAAGCAGUGACCAUAACACUGAAGAAGGCCAUCAACUUCUUUACCAGUAUUCAAGCCCAUGAUGGUCACUGGCCUGCUGAUAACGCUGGCCCACUUUAUUUCAUGCCUCCCUUGGUAAUGGCGCUAUAUGUUACAGGAGAUCUCAAUAAAUUUUUAUCCACUGAACAUCAAAGGGAGACAAAGCGUUAUAUAUACAAUCAUCAGAAUGAAGACGGAGGGUGGGGAUUCCACAUAGAUAGCCAUAGUACCAUGUUUGGCUCAGCAAUUAGCUACAUUGCUCUAAGGUUGUUGGGAGAAGGCCCUGAUGAUGGUGAGGAUAACGCGAUUGCAAGGGGUCGUAAAUGGAUCCUUGACCAUGGUGGUGCUACAAGCAUUCCAUCAUGGGGGAAAUUUUGGCUUUCGCUGGCCCUUCUUUUGGCUUUGGACCGAUUACUAAAGGUGCUUGGAGUGUACGAAUGGGAUGGGUGCAACCCAACACCUCCAGAGCUUUGGCUACUCCCUGAUUCUUUACCAAUGCAUCCAGGGAAAACUUUGUGCUAUUGCCGAUUAGUGUACAUGCCAGUAUCAUACUUGUAUGGUAGGAGAUUUGUUGGUCCAAUCACUCAACUCAUUCAGUCACUUAGAACAGAAAUUUACCCCCAGCCAUACCAUGAAAUUAACUGGAACAAAGCUAGAAACUCAUGUGCUAAGGAGGAUCUUUAUACCCCACAUCAUGUGUUGCAAGAUAUGAUUUGGGGACUUCUUCACCACAUUGGUGAGCCAAUCCUCAACCGUUGGCCCUUCUCGAAACUCAGAGAAAAGGCGCUCAAAACAGCAAUAGCAAAUGUACACUAUGAGGACAUCAACAGCAGAUACUGCUGCAUUGGUUGCGUUGAGAAGGUACUUUGUUUGAUGGCUUGUUGGGCGGAAGAUCCGAACUCAACAGCAUACAAGAAACAUCUAGCCAGGAUCCCAGAUUAUUUGUGGAUUUCUGAGGAUGGGAUGAAGUUUACGGCCCUUGGCUGCCAAACCUGGGAUGCAGCACAAGCAUUUCAUGCAAUUCAUGCCAGUGGUCUUACUCAUGAAUAUGCAACACCACUUAAGAAAGCGCACAGUUUUCUCAAAGCUUCACAGGUUAGGGAGAAUCCAUCAGGAAAUUUUAAGGAGAUGUAUAGACAUAUUUGUAAAGGUUCAUGGACUUUCUCAACACCAGAUCACGGCUGGCAAGUCUCUGAUUGCACUGCAGAAGGACUCAAGGUUGCACUGCUAUUUGCAAAAAUGUUUCCUGAACUUGAGGAAGAAAAAAUGGAAGCUGAGCGCCUAUUUGAUGCUGUGAAUGUCAUUCUUUCUCUACAGAGUGAGAAUGGUGGUUUAACAGCUUGGGAGCCUCAGCGAACAUACCGUUGGAUUGAGAGAUUCAAUCCAACAGAGCUCUUCGAUGAUGUUCUAAUCGAAAGAGAGCAUGUUGAGUGCACUUCCUCAGUAAUCCAAGCUUUAACACUCUUCAAGGAGCAAUACCCAAAUCACAGGACCAAAGAAAUAGAAGACUCGAUCUCUAGAGGAAUACAAUACAUUGAAAGGACUCAAAACCCUGAUGGUUCUUGGUAUGGUUUUUGGGGAAUUUGUUUUACCUAUGGAAUAUGGUUUGCAGUGGAGGCACUACUAAGGUGUAAUAAAAACUACCAUAAUAGUCAGGCUGUGCGAAAGGCAUGUGAGUUUAUACUCUCAAAGCAAUUGCCUAAUGGCGGGUGGGGCGAAAGCUACCUCUCAAGCUCCAACGAGGUUUAUACAAACCUAAAAGGGAACAAGUCAAAUCUGGUGCAAACUUCAUGGGCAUUGUUAACUCUCAUUAGAGCAGGGCAGUGGGAAGUAGAUCCCGACCCCGUAGACCGAGGGAUGAGGUUGGUAAUCAACUCACAGUUAGAAAAUGGAGACUUCCCGCCACAGGAAAGCACUGGAAUAUUCAUGAAGAACUGCAUAAUCGAAUAUUCGUCAUACAGGUGCAUUUUCCCCAUAUGGGUUCUCAGUGAAUAUCAUCGUGCACAAGCACAAAGAUCAGCCAUACAAUAGCCAAAACUCAUUGGAACUCCAAGAGAGAUUGGUCACAAGCUAUUAGUAUAUAUAGUGUAUUGCUGCUUAACAUCACAGGAUGUAGAAGCAAAUCAAUAAAUCAUCCUUAGUUGGCUAUAAUCGAAUUUUAUGCUCUAGUUUACUAUCUUUGUCAAUGUAAGUUUACAGAGGUAACAUCUAAAGGGUAACUUCCAAAA